AGAUUUGGAUUUCAAGUUCACAUAUGUUGGUAGUUCCGAAGAUAACAAGUAUGACCAGGAACUGGACUCGAUCUCAGUGGGGCCAAUCCCUGUCGGUGUUUCGCAGUUUGUCUUCGAGGCUCCACCUCCUAAGCCCGAGUUGAUACCCCGAGACAGUCUCAUGGGCGCUACUGUUGUGCUUCUCACGUGUAGCUAUAAGGGGAACGAGUUUGUGAACGUUGGAUAUUACGUGAACAACGACUACAACGACUCGGAGUUGUCAGAUGAUCCGCCGGAGAUCCCAGACUACACUAAGCUCUUCCGGAAUAUUCUGACCGAAAAGCCUUGUGUCACCCGAAUGGAUAUCGAUUGGGAUUGAGAGCGUUGAGUGCUGUCGGUGGACAAGGGUCAUUCAUGCCUACUUACCAGCAUAUAGGCACUCUUCUUGAAGGAUACAGGGGUUUAACCUGGGGAUCGCCAUUGCAGUGACAAGGAUCGGGAAGGGUGUAACUUCCAGAGAGUUCUGAGCUUGUAGUAUAGUAUUGUAUCUGUUGUGUAGUUCAUCGUAUCUGGCGGCCCCUCAGCCCUGGUACGACGUCCUGACAAGGAAAUCGUACGCAGACGAUACUCUUGGGAAACACUAGCGGCAAGCAAUCUCUAACUAAGGACCUCUGAUGAUUCUAAGCAAAGUAUUCGAGCAGAGAUACAACCAGCGAGUGUGUGGAUGUUGCUACCAGGCAAAGGCAAUAUCACCAUGAACAGCAAGCUCUUGCAUGGGCUACCUUUGAUAAAGGUUUCUUUUGUUUCUGGCAUAGUGGUGUUGCGCCUGCCAAAUAAUUGUCAAGAGAAAGUAGAAGCUCCUAAUUCUACAGAAUCUGCAAGGAAGAUUCUAGUCGAACGUUGAGCUCCUGGUAGUAUCGGGAGUUUCUCCUUUUUUUUGGUCAUAUCGCAAUAAAGAUGAAAGAAAAUGUGCCAUGGCAGUGAUGGUACUCCGAUCAAUA